AUGAUCCUUGCGGCGACUCCUCCGCCCCGCACACCCGCGGCGACUCCUCCGCCCCGAAUCGCUGGAUUCGGGCUUUCUCCUGCAACUUUCGAGGAUACUAAAUUCGUAUCUUUCUCCAACUCUAAAUGGAAGAAACGAGGGAAUCCGUUCAGGAUCUCUUGCGUUCCUAAGGAUGGCGACAAAGGCCAUCUUGAGGGCUUUUCAUUGCUUUCCAAGGAUUUUCCAUGGGAAGUUGAAAGCACAUGGAGCACCUUUGCUGUUUACUUCUUUAGUUUACAUGUUCCUUUAAGCUUUGGAAUAUUACCAAUGAUUGCCCGCGCACUGCAACAGUCUUUCCAUGAUCCAUUACUAACGGCUGUAUCAGCACUUACAUUGCAGGGAACAGAAUUGACUGGGUUCCUAUCAUUGUUGUAUUAUACAGCAAACAACAGAAACAAGCUUCCUAGUUUUUUUCUUGGAACUUCCUAUCCAGUGCAGAGGAACUGGUUAAAAGUGUCUGCUUCAGGAAUUGGAUUUUUGAUUUUGCUGGUGUUGCUUACAUCCAGAAUCGCUGACGAAAUUAUUGAACCCAAGGGUUUCAACAAUCCAAUUCUGAAGGAGAUUCUUCUAUAUAGCCCAAUAUCUAAGACAACUUGUUUCAUUCUCUACUGCUUUGUGACUCCAUUGCUAGAAGAAAUUGUUUAUCGGGGAUUUUUAUUAACUUCUAUUGCAUCUCAAGGGAAACUCUGGCAAGCAAUCUGCAUCAGUUCUCUUGCUUUCAGUUUAGCCCAUUUUUCUUUGGAGAACUUUCUUCAGCUCUUCAUUAUUGGUUAUGUUCUUGGAUCUGUUUACUCUUGGAGUGGCAAACUGGUUGCUUCUGUUACUGUACAUUCUGUAUAUAAUUUUAUUAUCUUGAUAUUUGUUAGUGUCUCCUAGAUAUAAAUUUAAAUUGAAUAUCUUUUUAUUUUUUAAAACUGUUUUUCUCUCAUUUAUAGCUUAUUACUAGGAGCU